GAGGGGAGAGAGAUAGAGGGAGAGAGAGAGAGCGAGCGAGAGAGAAGGGAGAGAGAUAGAGGGAGAGAGUUAGGAGUCAUCUAGUAGUAAGUGCAGGAGAACGGAUCGAAACAAAAAAGAAAAGACAAGACCAAAGAUCCCGGGGCGCUUGAUUUCUUUUCGUCGGGCCUCUUUCUUGGGGAGAGGGCUUCUGGAUGGAGAAGGUCCAGGGAGAAGGCGAAAUGGAAAGACGAGAAAGAGUGGAUCAGCUCACAGAGGCAGAGAGAGUGAUGAUCCAGCACACCUGGAGCAAGGUGUACCGUCAGCGUGAGGAUGUGGGAGUCUCAGUACUCGUCAGGUUCUUUGUGAACUUCCCCUCAGCCAAGCAGUACUUCAGCCAGUUCGUGCACAUGGAGGAUCCCGAAGAGAUGGAGCGCAGCGCACAGCUGCGGAAACACGCCGGUCGUGUCAUGAACGCCAUCAACAGCGUGGUGGAGAACAUCUCCGACCCCGACAAGGUCUCCUCCAUCCUGGGGCUGGUGGGCAAGGCACACGCCCUCAAGCACAAGGUGGAGCCCAUGUACUUUAAAAUUCUCAGUGGGGUGCUGCUGGAGGUGCUGGGGGAGGAUUACUCGGACUGCUUCACCCCGGACGUCCAGAUAGCCUGGACCAAGCUGAUGGGCCUCGUCUACUGGCACGUGACAGCUGCCUACAUCGAGGAGGGCUGGGUGCAGCUGUCCAGCUCGGCAGUGUGAGGGACCUGGCCUCUGAGCCUGGACGAGGCCAAUGAGAGACUGGGAGCUAUGGUAACAAUGCAAGACCUUACUGGUGUGAGACUGUGGGAGUGGUUGUCUUGCAUUCCCUCCUUCCCCGGGAGCUUUAAUCAAAAUGUUAGCUUACUGCAUCAUCAUCAUCAUCAUCAUUGUCUUCACAACUGUAGAAGCAUGGUUCGUUUGGAUAUGCUUUACAUUGCAGAUCUAGAUUCACUCUUAACACUCCCACACUAUAUAUAUAUAUAUAUAUAUAUAUAUAUAUAUAUAUAUAUAUAUAUAUAUAUAUAUAUAUAUAUAUAUAUUAUAAAAAGACUGUACAAUGGACACAGUCACCAUCUCCCCAUGUAUCCUUCUGUGUUAAGAAACUAUAUUUCAGACCGAAAAAUACACUUUACUGUCAUUUUUGUAACUUUAUUUAAAAAGAUUUCCUGUUUGUGCAGGAUAAAAACCCAUUGGGAUUCAACGUCUUGUUUACAGUGGUGUGUCCUGCGGCAGGUAAAUCACAAAGCAAGCCAUGUUCAUUUAUUCAAACGAUAAACAAAACCCACUCACCCACACACACCGUGGUUUCAUAUUCACAGGGAAGAAUGAUCUGCAGAAUCGGUUAAGGCUCAAUCCAAACCUGGAAACUGCAGUUCAGAGUUUCUAACACAGAGCAGCUUGUGCCACUUAUAGUAUAGUUAGAGACAAACUUGUCCCAGCACUCCCAGUCUAGCUUUCAACAGCCUUGCUAGCGGCCCUGUCUUUCAGCGCUAACAAAAAUGUGAUGAUACCCACCAGCUAUCGAUUCCAGCCCUCUCUCCCUGCACUGAACCCUGCUGUCCCUCCCUGUCUCUCCCUGCACUGAACCCUGCUGUCCCUCCUGUCUCUCCCUGCACUGAACCCUGCUGUCCCUCCCUGUCUCUCCCUGCACUGAACCCUGCUGUCCCUCCCUGUCUCUCCCUGCACUGAACCCUGCUGUCCCUC